AUGGAAUAUCUAAUACUAUUCUUUGCCUAUUUUUCAACUACAGUACUCGCUUCAAAUCUCCACCAACUUUUGGAUUUUCAUGAAAUCAACCAUAUCAAUUCGAUUCAAAGCUUAUGGACCGCUGGUCCUUCGAAGUUUGCAUUCCAGAAAUUCCAAAGACGUUUAAUGAGAUCUGAACAUGUGAAAUCCCAUAAAUCCGAGGAUAUUUUGGACCGGAAAGUUCUAGAAACAAUUCCAGAGAGCUAUGACGUCAGAGAUCAUUGGUCCAAAUGUAUUUCAGUCGAUAAUAUUCGGGAUCAAUCGGAUUGUGGAUCUUGUUGGGCGGUUGCUGCGGCUGAGACUAUUUCUGAUAGAUUGUGUAUUGCCUCCAAUGGAAGUAUCAAUACUUUUGUAUCAGCGGAGGACCUGCUGUCGUGUUGUACAUCUUGUGGAGACGGAUGCGACGGUGGCUACCCACUCCAAGCGUGGAGGUAUUGGGUCAAACAAGGUCUUGUCUCCGGAGGAUCCUAUGAGUCUCAAUAUGGCUGUAAGCCAUACUCCAUUGCUCCAUGCGGACAGACCGUCAACGGUGUCACUUGGCCAAAGUGUCCAGCACAGGAGGAAGCGACACCAGAAUGUGCCAGCCAUUGUACAUCAAAAAGUUCAUAUUCGGUAGCAUAUGAGAAGGACAAACAUUAUGGUCUUUCCGCCUACCCAGUUGGCCGCAAAGAAGCUCAAAUUCAAACGGAAAUUCUCCAACAUGGACCAGUGGAAGCUGGAUUUUUGGUUUAUUCCGAUUUCUACAGAUACAAAUCCGGCAUUUAUACCCAUGUCAGCGGUCAGGAACUCGGUGGACACGCUGUAAAAAUUCUCGGAUGGGGCGUGGAAAAUGGUACCAAAUAUUGGCUGGUCGCCAAUUCAUGGAACAUCAAUUGGGGCGAAAAAGGAUAUUUUCGAAUUUUAAGAGGUCGAAAUGAGUGUGGAAUCGAGAGUGCCGUGGUGGCAGGAAUUCCGGAUUUGACAAGAAAUUAUUGA